AAUCAAUACAAAAGUUAUUAAGAAAAACUGAAAUCAUAUUAAUAACAUAAAUAUUUUAUAAAUCUUUUCCCUGUGGUUGGGUUGUAACCUAAUUUUUAAAUAUAUAAAUAUAUGUUUUACGAUUUUGAAAGUAUAUCUUUUAAAACUUCCAAAAACGUAAAAUUACAUAUUCGGUGUUGUUCGUGCGCUACCGGCUACACUCGACCAAGGCAAUGGAGGCACUAAUCGCGUCGUACGGCGACACUUCUUCCGACUCAGAAUCAGAUUCUCAACCGCCGGUUGCCGCUUCCGAUGACAACCACUCACCACCAACAUCAAUUCUUCCUCCACCGCCUAUCGACCUUCUUAACCCUCCCAAUUCAUCCGGAACGUUCGAUUACUUGCAGCGUAAUUCGGCCAGUAGAAUUCGGAGCUUCCCUCACAUCGAAGGCAAUUACGCAUUACAUGUUUACAUCCCAGUAUUUAUACCAUCUGAAAGAAAGAAAGAGCUGGCCCUGUUUUUGAAGAAAGCCACUUCACUCAUACCAGAUCUUCAUGUUGUGGAUAUUGAUGUUCCAUUAUCUAUGCUGCUAAAAGAUGAAGAGAAGCUAAUACAAGUUGCCUUAGGGAGGGAAUUUCACAUAAGUCUUGGAAGAACUGUUCCCAUUCGUGUUCAUCAAAUAGACUCAAUGGUCGCAAUGCUUCGCCAAAAACUUCAGUUUCAGAAACGGUAUUUGAUUGAUUUCAACAAGUGGGAGGUUUUUGUGAAUGAUGAUCAGACACGUACAUUUCUUUCGGUUGAAAAUAAAACACGAGGUGUAGCUGAGGUAACGAAACAGAUCCAAGCUGUUAAUGAGGUUUACAAGCUGCACAAUCUUCCUGAAUUUUACAAGGAUCCUCGGCCUCAUAUAUCAAUAGCAUGGGGAGUAGGGGAUAUUAGUGAAUCUGUUAAGAGAGUGGUGGAAGGAGAAAUGAGAAAAAAUGUUGGAGGAAGAUGUAUGUUUACGUGCAAAUUUAGUAGCAUUGUGUGUAAAGUUGGCAGUAAAACCUAUAAUAUAUGUGGAUCUCAACUACAAUGAACUUUGGUUUGAAUUUUUAUAAUAUUUACAAAAUAUUUCCUAACUCAUGCAAAGUUGAAGGGGA